AUGGAUAUUACAAAUUCUUCAGGAUACAGAGAUUUCAUGUGGGCAGUUAGACUACAUCGUUUAGCAUUUGAAAUGGUGGGCUUGUGGCCAAAAUCCAACAAAUGUACUAAGAAAAGUUUAUGGCCAAAAAUUUGGGUUGGCAUAGUUCUUAUUUUAUUAAUAUUUGUUUCUAAUGUUCCGAUGAUAUAUGCAGUCAUACAAGUUUGGGGUAAUGUGGUGCUUGUAAUAGACAAUUUGCAUAUAAUGUUACCUCUAGUAAUAACAUCACUAAAAUACGUCAUCAUUCAGCGAAAACGAAAAGUUCUCUUGUCAAUUGUAAAUAUGAUGGCAGAAGAUUGGAUGGCAUACAAGCUGGAUAGAGAAAGAAAUGUGAUGAUAAAACAUGCACGAAUAGCGCGAUUAAUUAUGAUGAUUGGAUAUGUCAUCAUGUUUUUAUCGUGUUUCACAACAAAUAUUCUUCCUUUUUUUGGUAUACAGAUAGUAUACGCAACGAAUUCUACAGAUCGACGCAAAUUAUUACCGUUGGAGACAUAUCACUUCUAUGAUACAGAUAAGAGUCCACAAUUUGAGUUAACAUUUCUCAUUCAGGCCAUGACGAUAUUGUUUACAACUAUCAUUUACAUGUCUGUAGAUAUCUUUCUAAUUGUAAUAAUUCUUCACAUUUGUGGUCAGUUAGAAAACUUUAGAUGUCGAUUAAUUAAUUUGAUCUCAUGCAAAAAUUUCAACAAAAUUUUAAACGAUAUCGUAGCGACCCAUUUACGUCUUAUUAGGUAUGAAUUUUUAUGUUGA